AUGCUGUGUCGAAUGUGUCGAGACAAUCUCGGCAACGUGAGCACGCGAUACAACCAUCACAACUCGACUCAAAGUUUUUACAACGCCAUCGAGACAAAUUGUUUCAUUUGUCGGAAUAUCUGGCAGAAGAUCGUCGAGGUCUCGGACAGCGCGCUCUACGAAUCUGGGGACUGGGUGCCACGAACGUACGAGCAGUUUCUGACACAGCUCCAGCCGCACUUGCCCAGCGAAGACGUCUUUUGGAAUUAUGCCUCCACGGUCAAUCCGCCUGAGCUGAACAGCCAGCCGUUGUUCUCCGUUGUACGAACUGAAACGCGGAGACAUAAUGCCCGAGCCCUCGACUUCGCGGUCACCUUGCGCCAGGGUCUUGCACAGAUGUCCUUCAGAAGGGUGCAAAAUCAGAAGAACGACACUGAGCCUCUGCAUUCCUCAGAGUGCAAGCCUCUUGCGAACUCGUGGUCAACAUCACAGAAUCCUCAUUUGUGGGCACAGUCGCUACGACGAUGCUCUACGUCACACAACAAAUGUCGUUCUAUAAGAGAACGCCAAUAUUUCUCACCAAGUCGACUCGUCGAGAUUGUCAUUUCGGAUGGCAAAGCAACUGGGUGGCGGAUCGUCGAGCAAGCAGCAGAUGAUCCCCGGCCUUAUUGCACCUUGAGCCAUUGCUGGGGCAAAUCUCUGCACUUCUGUCUAGGCCGGUACAACUACAGCAAUCUUCUUGCAGAGCAGGACAUGAUGAAGCUUCCAAAGACCUAUCGCGAAGCUUGCGAGAUAGCUACAUCCCUGGGAUUCUCCCACAUCUGGAUUGACUCGCUGUGCAUCAUCCAAGAUGACGUGUCUGACUGGGAAAAAGAGUCAGCCCUGAUGGGACAGAUCUAUGAAGGCGCAGUCGUCAACAUUGCCGCGACCUGGGCUGCGGACGGUAGUCUGGGGCUAUACCACGGCAGAGACCCAGCCACGCUAUCAGCACCGGAUAUCGGCGAGGCUAACACAACGUUGGCUCGACUGCGAAUGUAUACUGACGACAUCGAAGAAGCCCCCUUGAACACCCGCGCCUGGGUUCUGCAGGAGCGCUAUCUGGCUCCGGGCCAGUUGAGCUUUACCAGGAACCAAGUGUACUGGGAGUGUCAGGAGCUUAUGGCCUGUGAGCAAUUUCCUGAGGGCAUGCCGGCGGAGGCUUGGGACCCCAAGUUAAUGGCGGGCUUUCUCUCGAAUUAUCGCACUUUUGCGCCGCCAGUGGGCAAACCCAGUGUCGACCUUGGAGAUAUAGCCAGUGUGAAUGAGGCUUGGUGGGCAAUGGUGAAAGCUUAUUCUUCCUGUUACCUCACCAAGACUUCAGACAAGCUCGUUGCGCUUGCUGGGUUGGCUGGCAAUCUCCGCGAAACUCUCAAAGAUACGUACCUCGCCGGUAUGUGGGGAAACGAGAUCCUAUCUCAGGUUUGCUGGAACACAUAUUCCCAGCACGAUAGGGCUGUGUCCAGGAUCAGAGGCUGCUGGAUCCCCACGUGGUCUUGGGCCAGCCUCGACGGCCCUAUAGUUCCUGAUCUAGGCUACGGGCCACGGCCUGGCUAUGUGGUGGUGGACUUCGCAGAAGUUCUCGACGUCCACCCGUUGGUUCCAAAUCCACUUCUCGGCGACAGCGGUACUCCAGUAAAUACUAUCAUAGACUGGGACGAAUAUAUCCCGCGUGAUGCCACGCGGUUCAACGACGAUGUCGCGAAGCGUAUUCAGGGUCGAAAGGAAGAGUUAUUACUCUUCGCAAUUAUCUCGGCGAAGCUUGGUAGAACUCAUUAUUCCUUACGAGGUCUCAUCCUCAAAGCUAAUAUCGACGGCUCGACACAGCGCCUCGGCAUGUUCGAAUCGGGGGUACACCAGGACUCGCAGCAUAUUCAGGAGCUCCUCUUGACGAGGUCAGGGCUUCCGCAAGAUAACAAGACGUCAGGGGUCGAGCCGCCGAAGGUACGAUUUGACGACCCGAGAUUAACGAACUUCGUGCAGGAGAUUACGGUGGUGUAG